GGCACAGCCUCCCAAACCAAGUGAGAAAAACCAUCUCUGCUGUGCUGCACCAGCCCCAGGCACAGGCACCCCAGGAGAAGAUGGACACGUCUCCUGCCCUGCUCCUGCUGCUCACUCUGGGAUUCUGCUGCCCUGGGAUUUAUGGCCAGUCACUUGAGAUAAAGGUCAGGUCUCCCAAGGACAUCGGCCAGCUCCGGGUGGGACAGAAGCUGGAGCUGGAGUGUCACACUGACAGGAGCUCUGGGGCAUCCUGGAUCCGCCAGGACAGGAGUGGGACCCUUCACUUCAUUGUCUUCAUCAGUUCCCUGUCCCGGGCCACGUUUGAAGGGAGUCAGAAAACAUCCACUCGCUUUGAGGCCAGCAAAGACAACACGACCUAUCGGCUGGCAGUGAAAUCUUUCACUCCACAGGACGAGGGGAGAUAUUUCUGUGUGAUGAUUCUCAACCAAAUGCUGCACUUCAGCCCUGGCCAGCGUGCCUUCCUUCCAGCCACCACUGCAGUGGCACCCAGCACACCAGGACCCACCACCCAGGGGAGCACCACUGAAGGGGACUCCUGCCUGAAGACACCAGAUCCAGACAGCAGAAUGCAGAAAGACCUGGAUUCCUUCUGUCUCGCCUUCCUCUGGCUCCCCUUGGCAGGCCUCUGUCUCCUGCUCCUCCAGCUGCUGGCCACCACCAUCGUGCUGCAUCAACUUAAGGCUCACCACUAGCCCCUCUAGGUGCACCUCUGGCCUGAAACCACAGUCCUGUCCCUGAGAAUGUUCUGGCUGCUUUGGGAGGCAUGGGAUAACCAGGACACAGUGCAGGAGAAGGAUCUCUGUUAUAGUCACUGCCUGGACAUCUUCCAGCAAAUCAUCUUCACACUCCCUGAGUGCCCUUCCCCUCCCAGUCCAGCUCUUUCCAAUGAUUUUGUAGGAAGGAGGUGCAAGGAUCUGACUGCAGCAUCAGGGGUUCUUUCCCAACAAAAGGCCAUGUGUUUUGCAUAGGAAGCAUUGCCUUGAAAAUGUAUUUUCUCUAUUCAGUGUCGUUGAAUGUGACAUGUGACACACACCAAAAUUAAAUGCAUGAACACUGAACGGAGAGCUGUUCAGAAAACUGAGCAAAAGCAUUCUUUGCAUUCCCUGUAAACCUUGUUAUUCUUCCAAAUUAAAAUACUACAUCCUGACCCAGA